CAGGAAUCGACAUCCACACACACAACAAGCUGGCGAUCCAACAACAAUGACCGACCAAACGAAAUACACUCAAAAGCUCAAAGGCGCAAAAGUCCUCGUCAUUGGAGGCUCAUCAGGCAUUGGCUAUGCCGUCGCGGAGGCCUCAAUCGAGAACGGCUGCACUGUGAUCAUCUCUUCUUCCAAUCCCGAUCGUGUUCAGAAAGCUGUUCAGAAAAUCCAAGCCGCAUAUCCUUCUGCGAAAGACCGUAUCUCGGGCCAUGCGUGUAACCUUGGUGAUGAAGCGACCCUGGAAAGUAAUAUCAAACAACUCUUUGAGAAGACUGGAAAAGGUAUCGAUCAUGUCGUGAGUACGGCUGGGGAUAGUUUGGCGAUGAUUAAAUUGGAGGAGCUUGAUAUUGAGAAGAUUAAGAAGGCUGGCCUCGUCCGCUUCUUCGCCCCCCUCUUCAUCGGCAAAAUCGCCCCAGCAUAUAUGAACUCUGGCCCCUCUUCCAGCAUCAUCUUAACAACCGGCGCCGUCUCCGAACGUCCCAUUCCCAACUGGGCUCUCGUCAACUCCUACGCCACAGGUCUGCAAGGUAUGACGAGAGGUAUGGCAUUGGAUUUGGCACCGUUGAGAGUGAACGUUGUGAGCCCGGGGCCGGUAGAUACGGAACUCUGGGCGGGCUUGGGCGAGGAACAGAAGCAGAAGAUGUUCGCGGAGACGGUGAAGAAGUUGCCGACGGGGAAGGUGGGGAGGGUGGAGGAUGUGGCGGAGAGUUUUGUGUAUUUGAUGAGGGAUUGGAAUGUUACGGGGGCGAUGGUUAGUACGAGUGGCGGGUCGUUGCUGGUCGGGUAG